AUGAGAAGAACUCUGAGGGCCCUUUGGCAAUAUGGGAUUCACAUUCCCCGUGGCAUUGUCUAUGGUGGUGCCAAGAUGAAGAACUGGCCGGAGCAGAAAAUACCUGACAACUUCCAAUUCACAGAUGUAGAGCGCUUUAGGGCAAAGGCGAUACCUCGUGAUGUGGGAAAGAUCCCGCGUGACUUUGUGCUUAGUGUCUUGUAUCGUCACCAGCCGUGUGAAGUGAGUGGUCUAUGGGAGCACUGUGCAAACGAUCCCGAGAUUGUUCUCGAUAGUAAACGACACCUUCGCGAGGUGCUGAAACAGGCAAGGGAGGAGGGCUUUAUUAUGUUUGAGCGUGAUUCGGUUACUAAUGAAUGGCUGUGCUUUAUUACACGCGAGCGCUACGAAGAAGUGCGGCAAAUAGCCUGUGCAAAGUCUGAGGCGACUGACGUGUAUUCUGGCAUGCGGGGGUCGAGUGCAACGGAAACUUCGGCCUACGCGGAACGGUUUAAUGAGAUGAAUGCGUUGGCGAAGGAGGAUCACGUGCGUCGUCUAGAAGAGGAAGUGGCGGCCACGACGAAGCACCUGCGGUCCUUUCAGCGGAAGGAAAUCGACUACUUGCCCUACACGGAUUUGAAUGGGAAGGUGAACUUCAUGUGGUGGUACGAAACACGAGACGUGAAGCCUUCAGAGGGGGACGCUCUUCCCGGAACACCGGGCGCGUCAAUUGGUGCUUCGGGCGAGACAGCACGCCUCGAGCAGUGA